CUCAAACUCUUUCCCUGUGAGCUCAGUUCUCAGGACAGGGAAAGAAGAAGAGCAGAACAUGGGAGUAUACUGAAUGAAGACCUCUCUUCAUCUUUUUUCUCCCAUCCUUCCACCAUUGGUAGCCCAGUGGGGCUGCCUGAAGACUCUCACCCUUUCCAUCAGACCAGGCAGCUUCUGAAAACUCAGAUUACUCUGAGGAUGCUGGUGUUGGACAACCAGGACGAGCUGCAGGUGCUGAAGAAAGAGCUGCAAAGUCACUUUCCGGAGUCCCUGAAGGUCUAUGGGGCUGUACUGAACAUUUGUCAAGAAAACCCCUUUCAUCAAGAGGUACUUGUGGAUUCCUGGCCCAGUUUUCAUGUCGUCAUUGCACGGCCCCAAAGAGAGAAACCUUCAUCAGAGACCAACUAUUUUGCUCGAUCCUGUGCAGUUUUUUAUACGGAUCUGGGUGCCUACCAACAAUUGGUUACGGAUACAGAUGCCAUUGAUUGGGGCCAGGAAUUCCUACUGCAAGGGUUGCAGAAUGGUGUAUUUCAGACAUCCCAGACCCUGGCAGCCAUCAAAAACUUCACUACAAGACUGGUGUCUCAUACUCGGGUUUUCGUUCUAAAGAAGCCCAUGGAUCUGUCUACUGCCACAUCCACGCUAGGCUCAGAGAUGAAGCUCUCAUUCCUCAACAUGACCCAAGCCACCCUGCUGAAUGAAACUUGGAGCGUAGGUGGCACUGAGCAGAGCCUCCAGUACUUAACUCAGCUGAUCAGCUCUUUUCCCAGCUGUUGUCUUCUAGAUGCUGGAGGAUCUCCCAUCUCUUGGGUCCUGCUGGAUCAGUUUGGAUGUUUGACCCACGCUUACACCAUGCCAGCUCACCGGGGCAAAGGCUACAUUCAUCUGGUGAUAGCAGCACUAGCCCAAAAACUAGAGAAAAUGGACUACCUAGUGUAUGGGGAUGUCCUGGAAAACAACACAUCUAUGAAAAGGGCCAUGAAAUGCCUUGGGGCCAACUUUACUUCUUGCUUUUUGUCCUAUGACUUGCAUACCCCCCUGGCCCAGAAAUAAGAGGCACUUCAGAUACUGAGAACCACAGCCUGAUUUCUAAACCUUUGCAAAUAAUCAAGUAACAAUACAAUUGCUUACUACCCAUCUCAAAUUUUUGUAGCACUGUUCUCUAGCUGACAAUACCCAGGGAUUACAGUUUCUCAGUUAAUCGUACCAAAUGUAAGCCUACCAGGAAGUCUGAAAUCUUUGCUCAACCAACCAAGAAUGCAGCUGAGCUUCCUUGAGAUCCACUGAAGCUCUUGUAUCUCCCUCCCAUGAGGGGGUGCCUCAGUGGUAGAUCAUCUGCUUGGCCUGUAGAGGGUCUCAGGUUCAGUCCUUGGUGAAAGACCCAAGGCCCUGGAGAGCAGAAAUCACUCUGAGUAGAUAGACAAUGCUGACUUUGACGGGCCAGUGGCCUGGUUCAGUACAAGGCAGCAUCCUGUGUUCAUGUGUCUGAGAAACCAUGACACUGAUAAUGAAUGCCUAUGAACAGUGCUUGAAAGAAAACCAGACUUUCCUUCUAGAGUAAUGAUACUUUGACAUGUAAAAGCCCAAUCUUAUGCAUACUUACUCAGAAGCAAGUCUGUGUCCAUGGAACUUUCUCCUGAAUAAGGGCAUUACACCACUGCUUGCAAAGUUGAUAUAACUGACUGUUGAGAAGGAGUGUGCAUGCAGACAAAAGCUUAUACCAAGAACAAAACGUGGCUGGUCUUAAAGGCGCCACUGGACUCACACUUUUUUUCUGCUGCUUCAGACCAACACAGCUUCCUACUUGGAGAUAUGUACUAUUACAAUACUUUAAUUUUGUGAUGUACAAAAUCUAAUUAAAACAUA